CUCUAAUGGUAAACUUCCGGUAAAAUGACAGCAACAAAGAAUAUUUCGUAGAUCAUUUUUGCGAUAUAAUACGUUCAUCUAUAGGUGCAAGGAUGAUAACCUUGUCGAAGAAGUUGAAAGCCGGAGCCAUAGAGAAGAAGGAAGAUGAACCAAAGAGGAUCUCUAUCAGGGACAAGCUGCUCGUGAAAGAAGUCCAGGAAAUGGAAGAAAACCUGCCCAAGACGUGUAAGGUAGAUUUCCCCAAUCACAACAUACUCAACCACUUCACGUUGAAUAUACAACCAGAAGAUGGAUUCUGGAGUGGUGGAAAGUUCAAGUUUUCUGUUGAAGUACCAGAGGAGUAUAACAUUGUGCCCCCAAAUGUUACCUGUGACACCCGUAUCUGGCACCCAAACAUCGGUGAAAGUGGCGAGGUGUGUUUAAGCCUCCUGAGGCAAAACUCCAUCGACAGUCUAGGAUGGGCUCCGACAAGAAAAUUAAAAGAUGUAGUAUGGGGUUUAAAUUCAUUGUUUUCGGAUUUACUCAAUUUUGAGGACCCCUUAAAUGUGGAAGCAGCUGAACAUUAUGAACGAGAUAAGGUAACAGACCCAGACCAGGGAGUGCGUGACCUUGAGAAAGAACUUGGGCUUACAUUACGGGGUUACAUGCCCGGGACCUCAUCAGUGCCACCCAGACUUAGGCUGGAUGAGAAAAAGAGCUUCCUUAACUGGCAGCUUAAACUCCAUUCUAAAGACGCACCAUCCGUCCCCGGGAAAACCGUAUAAAGGCGGCACGUUCACAGGACGUUUGGUUUCCAACUCUGUGGGCCAGCUGCUAUGUAGGAUGUUAAAGGCGGCGUUUAAGAGAGGGCUGAUGUUCAUCUUGGGGAAGGAAGGAA